AUGGCUGCCGCCAUCCCCACCAAUAUCUUUUCUUACCUUGUCGGGCCACACCUCGCGGGUGCAUCCGUUGGCGCCGUCUUCCUUGGUGUUGUCUUCCACCAGUUCUCCAAAUACCUUUCGAGCUGCUCAGACGAGCCGCUAUAUCGUCGGGUGUAUGUCUGCAUUGCCGUGUUUUUGACUACAGGGAGCGCCGCGCUCGAAUUCGCAAUGUCAUGGGAAAAGAUUAUCCUUGCGAAGGAAUUUCUGGGGGACCCCGACCUGCAAAUGACAGGAACAAGCUCAAUGAGUGUCCUCAAUGCCGCCUUCAUUGCCAUCUAUGUGCAAAGCUUUUACCUGCAUAGGCUAUUCAUGCUGUCGAAGCGGAACUGGUACCUCGUUGCCUUUCUCGGCACCGUUCUUCUCCUCGCUUUCGCUCUCAGUCUUGCCGCUGUUGGUGUGCGGUUGCGCCCAGCCGCGUCAGACGCAAGUGAUACCCCAACGACUUUGCUUCUUUACAACAUCCAUUUCGCAGUCAUUCUUGUGGGAGACCUCCUGCUCACGCUUACCACUGUCGGGUACCUUGUUUAUUACCGCAAGAAAGUCCUCCCGCAGAGUGCAGGCCUCUUUAAGAGCCUCAUCAUUGUCGUUUUCCAGUCUGCUGCGCCGGCGACGUUUUGGAUCGUUAUCGAGUUUGCCUUCUGCGUUGCUUUUCCCAAUCGGCCUUUUGCCCCGUUCGCACGUGUAACAGCGACGCUUGGGAUGAAUUUGGUCCUCAAUAAGCUCUGGGCGAUAUCGCUUCUAGCCACGCUCAACUCGCGACGGAAGACUUCGAUUUCGGGAAAAAGGAUUUCGGGGACAAGUAAUGGGAGAGGGACUCAGAAUGAAGCCCAUAUUCGGACUGGCUACUGA